UUUAACAGAUCAUAUUUUUAUUAAAUGUCUAGGAAGUAAAAAUAUAUAUAAUUUUAUAUUGAAAAGCCGCCAAAAUCAAUAUUCGUGAUCACAUAACCUUACAAUGGGCGGAUUUUGAAAUAUUUAUUGAAUUUAGGUUUCACGGUUUUUGUUUUAAAAGAUUCGUUAGCUGACGUUACCCGACCGCUGUUAUAAAGCCGUAAUGGGACACGAAAACAUAGAAAGUGGAAAGCAAAUAAGUUCGGGAAACCAAAGGGGCGAUCAAGCGUCCGCUGCCAUUGCAGGUCAGGACACGGCAAGCCCGGGAACGAGUGAAGACGAUUCACAAGAUGGAAAUAACCCAGCAGACAAGGAACAUUAUCAACAGUUAAAGUCUAACAUCACUACUUCGAGAUUGAAUUCACAGUUAAUAUGUGACAAGGAGUUUAUAUGUAACAAUGUUGGACACUUAAAGAAAAGACCCCAUUCAGUACCAAUUUUGACGAGACUUCUCUUUGGUAUACAAAACGAUGCGCGGGCAAUAUAUGUGAUUUGUCAGUAUAUUACAGGCACAUACGUCAGCGAGGAACAUUACAUUAAACUAGGUAUUGAAAGUCAUUCAAAUCUGAGGCGACUGAUAUAUCCCAUUGUGGUGCUUGGUGGGGAUAGAAACGAAAUCAUAGAACGUUUAGAUCGGUACAAUCUUAAUAUGCAACCAAUCUCUGAUAAUAACAUCAAUAUAAAACUGAUAUAUGAAGAAUUUGAACUUCCAAUCAUAUUGGUAGCAACAUUGGCUGAUCACUUUUGGAUAUUACUUGGGAAUGGUUUAAACAUCAAAACGGAGGAUAUUGUUUUCUUAGAAGGCAAUUACAAGUUGAACCUAGUACGCGCACACGUGUUUGAGGACGCCAUGCGUGACUGUCACGUGCACUGGUUCCCACUGACGUACGUGUACGUGUACCCGCGUAACUGCCGGAUGUUGAUCGGGAUUCCCGUGUACCAGGGAGGAUACAUACACAACAAAAACGAAAAGGACAGAUAUAUACUGCAUAGGGAUUAGGGUUUCAAGUUAAGGACAAAAGCUGCAAAAGAGAGACAGAGUGCUAAGGGAGAAAAGAGCACAUCAAAAUGGGCUGUGAAGAACUGUGAAACAUUUUGAUUUUGACUUACAAUGUUUAAUAGGAAUUGUUUUAAUUGAAGUAAUACCAACAUGUUUAGUUUGUAUGCAUUUAUAAUCGUAUCAUAAGUCUGAAUAAAAAACAACAACAAAAAACAUUUGACAGUCUUGACCCAUGCUAGUUUCCACGAGGGCAGAAGG